CUAAAACCAAAUCCAACACUCUUAUCUCCACCACUGCGAUGGAAAGAGACCAAGAUUGGGUACUAUGCAACGACGACGGCUUCGUUUUCAAACGAAUCCAAAACUCCGAACCCCCUGGAGAAACCUCCAAUCCGGUGGUUCCGGAGUUAGAUCCCGCCGUCGUCGAGAGAAAUCGAAGGAAACGGAAGAAGACAACACUGUUGAACCUCAAAAGCAAGUACCAGAGAGAGAUCCAUCAGUGGGAGAUUCUCUCAAACAGAUUCAACGCUACACAAGAGAAAGCUUCUCGGUUCCAAACAACGCAGGAGCGAGAAGAGAGGUUAAACGCUGAAGCGGCGUCGUUUCGAGAUUCUCGAGCUCGGGAAAAUAAUAAUUCCGCGUCUAGUUUCCUCGACGAGCUUCUCUCUAUUGCGGAAGCACAAGAAGUGAUGAUUAAUGAUGUCUCAAACCUGUGCGAAGUUGCAGAAAACAUAGUUAGAGUGGAAGAAGAAGAAGUGAAGCAGACACUGUUUGAUCUUGAUGUUUGGAGUUCACCAAAGAAUCUAAUGGCGUCGCUUUGUGAUGAUUAAGCCCUAAAUUCUACCAGCUUUCUGUAUAUUUUGUGUUCUAACUGUAGCGGGAAGAUGGCAAACACAACAACAUCUGUAGGAAUAACUUUAAAUAAUCUAGAGAAGUUGGAAGUUAGGAGAAUUAUAUUUUGUUGGAAGAUUAAAAGAUUAGGUAGGGAGGGAGGGAGGAAUUGAUCUCUACAGACUUGUUGUUUAGUGGUCAGUCUUUUUUCAGUGUUGCAGUUAGAUUCUCUACUUUUGCUCUCUUCAGAAGGAAUCUUGUACUAAUCUGCCAUGUGUAUCUAUGUUUUUCAUAAAACUACUUUUAACAGUUUCCUGGUUGGGUUUAAAGAGGAAGUUACCUUGUGGAAUACAAAUAGUGCAUUGACAAUCUC